AUCAAAUGCCUCGGUUUAAAGAAGCUCUAAUCUUGUUGAGAGUUCUUUCCGUUCACUGAGCGUGAAGACAGUAUACAAUUGGUAGAAGCCAUUCGUGAUAUAUCGGCACUUCACUACACACCAAAAUGGUCGAGUGUCUGGACGAGGAGCAGAUAGCAGAGUUUCAGGAAGCAUUCUCUGUGUUCGACAAGGACAACGAUGGAGUCAUAUCUCUCCCGGAGAUGGCCAACAUCAUGCAGUCACUGGGCCAGCACCUCACUGAAGCGGACCUCAAGGACAUGUUGGGGGACUCGUUUUGCACAGGCAGCAAUCCGCAGAUUGAGUUUCCCGAGUUUCUGAAAAUCAUGGUGCAGAAGAUGAAAAAGACAGAUAACGAAGAUGACCUAAAGGAGGCUUUCUCUGUGUUCGACACCGAUCAUGAUGGCUACAUCGACGAUUAUGAACUUAGACAGGUGAUGAACAAUCUUGGCGAGAAGCUGACGCUAGAGGAGAUACGAGAAAUGAUCUUGGAAGCCGACCUUGAUGGCGAUGGCAAGGUCAGCUACGAAGAAUUCGUCCGCAUGAUGUCAAUGGACUGAAGAAUAAGGAAACAGCACAUGCUGCUGCACAAGUUAAAAAUUAAUCUGUGGCUCCUCUGAAAAACCAGAGUCAGUCGUAUCCUCCUCCCCUUGCAAACGUUACAUAAGCUCGGUCGUUUGUGCCGAGUGUUGGCCUGAACUAGUUCAAGAUGGAAGACUGUGGGUGCGUGCCGUAUGAUGAUCUACAUUUGCAUGUAUAUGUGCUUCCUUAUUUUAUUUGUGCUUGCGUUAUCGUUGCUAUUGUUGAAGUCUUAUAGAUGCACUGGAUCUUGUUGUAGUUUAUGUACCUAUUAAACAUUUUUUUAUCGAAUA